ACUCGCAGCUGUGAGCUGCUGCAGAGACAGCUUUUUAUUUACAAACCCUGACCUUCCGCUGCGAUCCGCAACGUCGCCCAGCGACUCAUCAAAACACCAACACCACCAUCCGGGAGAAAGGAGUCUUCCUCCCCUGGACGAUGCCCAGCAAAGAUGGCCGGAGCUACAGUGAGGAGGUCGCCGUAUAAGGAUUUCCUGCAGCCGGCAUUGCAGCGACGCUUUGCGACGGCGAGCUUGUUUGUGCUGGCCAUCGCCUACGCCCAGGCCCUGCUCCUGGCGAAUUGGGGCUCCUUAUUUUGGUCCUGGUUCCCGCUGGGCCCGGCCGGCAUACGCGCCGUCUUUUUCUUCUUCUGCAGCAUCUCCAUCAUCAUCCUCCGCAUCGCCCAGUACCACCCCGGCCUGCGCACCUCCGACUCGGGCAUCCACACCUUCUUCCGCUAUGCGCCGAAGUUCCAGACUCUCGAGACCGUCCUCACAUAUGCGCUUUCGGCCUUCGUCUUCAGCCAGGUCUACCUGUGGUCGCUGCCGGAGAAGUCGGGCAUGGAGCACAUCACCUAUUUCAUGUCGGACCGGGCGAGGCUGAACGAGAAGCCGAUUUUCUUGACGACCCAUCUGGUGCUGCUGGGCGUCUACCAGGGCCUGGUGCAUCUCUUCAAGGACGUCGACCGGCUGACCCUCGGCGUCGCUCGGCCGCAGAACGGGGGUGGGAAGCCCGAGGAAGGCGAUUCAUCCUUCCAGGUGCGGCGGUUCCGCGAUCAGAUACCGACGAUGGUGGUGUACACGGUCAACCAUUUGGUAUUCGGCCUGGUCAUCAAUUUUGCCGUUUAUCCCCUUUUCUUCCGCGCCACGAUAUGGAAGACCAUGAUGGUGUUCCUGCGGCCCAUCUAUAACCUUCCGAGGAGCAACAUGGUCCCCGCCACGCUGCCGUUCUCCUUCUCGAGCCUCUCGCACUGCUGGAUUGCGGGCUUGAUGCUCAUAUUUGCCUGGACGGCCGCCAACACGGCUUUCUCUCUCUUCCUGGUUAAGAACCCGCUGAAGAACGGAAAGCCGUUGACGUCGGACGCCAAAGACCCGAAUGGCAGCCUCCUGAAUGGCUUGAAGAAUAAGAAGCUUUCCAUCAAGUGCUUCGCCAUGUGGGAGCUGGCCUUCAUUGCCCGCGACUUUGAGGAUCGACGCAAGGCCAUCUACGAAGACAUCGACCGCAAGGACGGUCCAAUGUGGUCACAGGUCUACAAGAUCUGCUUGGACGUCCUCAAGGAGCUGGGAACCAACAUAGACACGUACACAGCGCCGCCGCAGCCCUCCGGCCCGCCCGCCGCAGCGCCCGCAGGCGAGGAGCCAAAGCGAACAACAGCCCCGCCAAAGGACGACCCCAUCUUCCAGCCCAUCCCCCAGAGGAAAGGCUUCCGCAGCCAGGUCGAAAAGGUCGUCAACCAAGCGGCGCUGGCACCCGGCCAGGGGUCACAGCUCAGCCCCGCGGCAAAGAAGGCCGUUGAAUCCGCCAAGCAGCAGCUCCGCCGCAUCCAGAAAGAAGCCACCGGCACGGACGACACACAGGGACUCUUUAAGGACUUGGCCCUGAAGGUGCUCCACUCAACCGCCGGCUGGCCCUUCCGGCAGCACUACCGGCGGCGCGUCGCGCACGCCGUGCUCGGCGCGCCCUACGGGGAGCCGAGCCUGUACGUCAACGCGGCCUGCGCGCUCAGCCAGCUGGCCGUGCACAGCCUGCGCGAGGACCGGUACGGCAACGUGCAGCGCGACGUCGCGGCCAUCGUGCGCGCGCUCACGGGGCUGGCGCGCAAGCUGGACGCGUUCAGGAGCGGGCUGGCCACGCACUGGACCGACGUCGAAGGCAAGCGGGAGUCGCCCGAGGUGGAGCAGGUGGCGCAGGCGCUGCGGGAGGCGCUGGUCAGGCUGAUCGAGGCGUUCGGCCCCUAUGCGAGGGAUCUGAGGCUGAGCUUGACGGACGUGAGGCUGGCGAAGGAGGCCGCGGGCCUGCUGGGGCCGGAAGGCGAGAUGGAGGAGGUCGGCGCGAGGAGGGCUGGGAGGUAGCGCACUGGGAAAGGAUCAGGAAUAUUAUGUAUCAGCGUUUGCUGGGUGUCAUCUACACUAGACGGUUACGAUGGGCUUUGGGGUUAUGGGUGGUGCAUCAAAAUGUGUCAAUAUGGUCAUGAUUUUCUUAGGACCAGCUUCAUGGGGCUCGAAACUGGAACGCAGGAGUGUGUACGGAACAUAGCUUAUCGGGUCUGUCGGCCUCGCGGGAGCACAGGGGACACAAGAACCCACGCGCUUAACCCUAACCCUUAAUCUAUCCGCGGCUGACGGGAAAGCGGCUGGCUCCCGCUGCGCAAUGGCUCAAUUCACUCGCA